GGUGCUGCUUCAGAAUUACACCGGCAGGGAGAGGUCGCUUUGAAGUACGGACCUAAAAUGGUCGCAGAGGUCGUGCUCCACUCCAUCCUUCCCCCCGUCCGAUCGGCGGAUUUCUUGGUCCGGCCCUACGUUGCCGCCUCGUCUUCCUCCUCCGCCGCCUGCGGUCGCUCUUCUUCUCUUCUACUCCGCCUCCGCCCCCGCCCCCGCCCCACCCGCCUCCGCGCUCCCGCCGGAGCUCUCCGCAGCCUGGCGUCGAUGUCCCCGGAGAGCCCGCUGGUCCACGACGUGUGCGCGUCGGCGGUGACGGCGGGGGUCGCCCUUGGGCUUCUCCGCUUCUGGGAGGAGUUGGCCAAGCGAGGAGUUUUCGAGCAGAAAUUGAAUCGAAAGCUUGUGCAUAUAAGCAUUGGUCUGGCGUUCAUGCUCUUUUGGCCUUUGUUCAGUUCAGGAAGCCGGGCACCAUUUCUUGCAGCUGUAGCACCGGGGAUCAAUGCCAUAAGGAUGGUGCUCAUGGGACUUGGAAUUUUGAGAAAUGAUGCUAUGGUCAAGUCAAUGAGCAGACAUGGAGACUACAGGGAGCUUUUGAAAGGGCCAUUCUACUAUGCUUGCACUAUAACUCUGGCUACCUCUAUAUUUUGGCGAACAUCUCCCAUUGGGAUAGCUGCAAUCUGCAACCUGUGUGCUGGAGAUGGUAUGGCGGACAUAAUUGGAAGGCGAUUUGGGCACCAUAAGCUUCCUUACAACCCUAACAAGUCCAUUGCUGGUAGCCUUGCAAUGGUAUUUGCAGGUUUCAUAGCAUCUGUUGGGUACAUGCAUUACUUCCACUCAUUUGGAUUUGUCAACGAAAGCUGGGGCAUGGCCAUGCGCUUCUUUUUUGUGUCUCUAGCUGCGGCAUUUGUGGAGUCGCUUCCCAUUAGCUCCCAGCUGGAUGACAAUUUGACAGUUCCCUUUACUUCCCUAUUGUUUGCUGGCCUGGUUUUUUAGUGCUGCAUGAGAACGUUGGAUCUAAUGUUGUAUACUACACAGAAAUAAUGUGCCUAUGUGGCUUAUUAUAGUGAAUGGAGCUUGUUUGAGAAAUCGCAGGUUUUAGUGACUCUUCUCUAAUGUCAGCUUCUGAGUUUGCAAUUAGGUUGAUGUUUAUCAAAAUCAUUGGACUGAAACGACGAUCUUGUUUCAAUGUGAAAUUGAUCUGUGAGAUUUUAUAAAUGUAACACCAUUGGACCAAACAUUGAGAGGGCUGGUAGGAGCAGCAAAUUAUGUCAUAUACCAGGUUCCACUC